UUUGACACCAUCCCUAUCUUAGCUUAUUACACGUAUCCAUGCUGAUCAGUAUUUACCCUACCCAUGAGGUUCUUGUCCAGACCGCCCUUGAUGUUCCUUAACCCUUCGAACGUCACCCAACAGCUUGCUCCCUGGAUUCAAAUCCGUAAGCCUGCCUCAGUAAGGCAUAGUUUGGCUUAUGAAUAUAAGUAAAUGGAACAGCAAGCUUUCCUGGCUGAGCAAUUUUUGGGAGACUGUUGGUUGGGUGUCAGUUGUGCCAGCAGGACAUAGGUUGCAGGUAGGUGUGUUGUUCGAAGGGUUAAUAGAUUAUAGGCUCCACAAACAGGCACUGUGAGAUGUAGGCGUGAGUUUAAUAUUGUGUGCAGUGUACUGCCUUUGUGCAGGUACUGACUGACCCUGGAAGCCUAAACUUCACUUUUCUCUUGUUCCGUAAGAUAUUCCACUUACUUGCCUAAUAGCAGUCAAUAAUGAGUCGGGCUGCUGGUAGUAUAUGAUUAGAAACAUAACUUGAGCCAUCUGUGGCUGACUUUGACAAUUUUCUUAGACUACAAGUUGGGUCCAACGUGUAGUGAAGGCAGAUUAAAUGGCCAGUAAUGGCUUAUUUCCAGAUAUGCAGACUUACUUUCAGCCUUUUUGGUAUCAAUAAAACCUGUUGGUGCUCAAAUACCAGCACAUUUAGAUUUUAAGAAUGUGCUUUUAACAGGCUGCUCACCCAAAACGGCUAAUGUUCGGAUUAUGGAAGGAAACUGAGUCUGGUUAAGGCAGAUCUUGCAUGUAGUCACAGACAGAGGACUCUUAAAAAACUGUUUUGUAAAUAUAUCUCUAUUUUAUCAUAAAAUAGAGAUAUAUCUAUUGAAGAAUCUGUGUACCAAGAUUCCACAGGCCCAUACUAACUGUCCUUAAUUUCUCUCCUACAGCAGUACUGCUUUGCCAGUCCUGUCUGCACUCUCUUAAGGGUGCAGCAACUCGUCCUGUGUAGGUUAUGGUCAACAAAAAGAAACGUGUUUCUCAGAUAAAGCAAGGCCAUAGUUUUUUCUGGUGUUAGGCCAGAGGGCCUAUCAGGGGAAACCAACAUGAAAACCUUGUGUACUUUUGAGAUUUGUCAUGCCCUCCCUUCUCAUUUCAACUUGAUUUUAACCAAUUCAUCUUAGUUCAUUUUUAAUAAGGCCAGAUCCACGCUUUUAAGUUAUUCAUUUCAGAUUUUUAGAUCAAAUUUAUUCAUCUGAAUUCCCCAAAUUGUUCAGUCUCUCUGGCUGCAACAUGCAUAUUAGCUACUUUUUGUUUCCAUUUUGCAAUUCAACAUGGAGUCACAAGACUGUAAACAAGGUUUAUCCCCCCUUUUUUGUUUGAGUGACAAGAGCAGAACAGGUGGUAUGCUAUUGUGUGUGUGAGUUCAAACCCUUUUCCAAAGUGUUACUAAUGGUAAAGAGAAAUUUUCUAGGCUUCUUUUCUGCCGGUUGAAGUCUGACUGCAGAGGGACCCUUGGCACUGAAAGUGGGGCAAAACGCCGGACCCCAAGGUGCAGAUCCGGACGUACAUGGAUGUUAUGAAGGAGCAGCAUCUGUCCAAAGAAGAGAGAGAGAUCAGGCUGCAGAUGGUUGAGAAAGCGAAAUCUGGGGAGCUGAAAGCAGUGAACGGCUCUGCUGCGUCUCAGGCCGCUGUAGCCAAACGCAAACGUCGAUGGGACCAGACAGCUGACCAAACCCCAGGCAACACCACACCCAAAAAAGUGUCCAGCUGGGACCAGGCAGAUAACGCUCCUGAAACACCAGGACAUACACCAGGACAUACACCAUCCAACAGUCGUUGGGAUGAGACACCUGGCCGUUCCAAAGGUAGCGAGACCCCAGGAGCCACACCAAGUACCCGUAUGUGGGAUCCCACACCCAGUCACACCCCAGCCGGAGCUGCCACGCCAGGUCGGGAUACCCCCGGACAUGCCACUCCUGGUCACGGUGGGGCGACUUCCAGUGUACGCAAGAAUCGCUGGGAUGAGACGCCAAAGACAGAUAGAGAGACACCCGGGCAUGGAAGUGGCUGGGCUGAGACGCCACGCACAGACAGGGGAGAUGAAUCUGUGGGAGAGACCCCCACUCCAGGUGCAAGCAAGAGGAAGUCGAGAUGGGAUGAAACACCAGCCAGUCAGAUGGGCUCCUCAACUCCUCUUCUCACACCAGGAAAGACCCCUCUGGGCACACCUGCUAUGAAUAUGGCCACGCCCACUCCAGGUCACCUGAUGAGCAUGACACCAGAACAGCUGCAGGCCUGGCGUUGGGAGAGAGAGAUUGAUGAGAGGAACCGCCCAUUGACUGAUGAGGAACUUGAUGCUAUGUUUCCAGAAGGAUACAAAGUACUUCCCCCACCAGCAGGCUAUGUGCCCAUCCGUACCCCUGCCCGUAAAUUAGCUGCCACACCAACCCCCAUUGGAGGCAUGACCGGCUUCCACAUGCAAGCAGAGGACCGAUCUACAAAACAGAUGAACGACCAGCCCUCUGGAAACCUGCCCUUCCUUAAGCCAGAUGACAUCCAGUACUUUGACAAAUUGUUGGUUGAAGUUGAUGAGUCCACCCUCAGUCCAGAGGAACAGAAGGAACGGAAGAUCAUGAAGCUCCUCCUGAAGAUCAAGAACGGAACACCUCCCAUGAGAAAGGCUGCGCUCCGUCAAAUCACAGAUAAGGCCAGAGAGUUUGGUGCCGGACCCCUCUUUAAUCAGAUCCUGCCUUUGCUGAUGUCUCCUACACUAGAGGACCAGGAGAGACAUCUGUUGGUGAAGGUCAUCGACCGCAUUCUCUACAAACUUGAUGACUUGGUUCGACCUUACGUCCACAAGAUUCUUGUGGUGAUUGAGCCUCUGCUGAUUGAUGAAGAUUACUACGCUAGAGUCGAGGGUAGAGAGAUUAUCUCCAACUUGGCAAAGGCUGCUGGUCUGGCCACCAUGAUUUCUACAAUGAGGCCUGAUAUUGACAACAUGGACGAGUACGUGAGAAACACGACAGCUCGUGCUUUUGCUGUUGUGGCCUCUGCCCUGGGCAUACCAUCUCUCCUACCUUUUCUUAAGGCUGUGUGUAAGAGCAAGAAAUCCUGGCAGGCUCGUCACACAGGCAUCAAGAUUGUACAGCAGAUCGCCAUUCUCAUGGGCUGCGCUAUCCUGCCCCAUCUCCGCAGUUUAGUGGAGAUUAUAGAGCAUGGUCUUGUGGAUGAGCAACAAAAAGUAAGAACCAUCAGUGCUUUGGCUAUCGCUGCCCUGGCUGAAGCUGCCACCCCAUACGGUAUCGAGUCCUUCGAUUCUGUGCUGAAACCUCUUUGGAAGGGUAUCAGGCAACACAGAGGCAAGGGUCUUGCCGCCUUCUUGAAAGCUAUUGGAUAUUUGAUUCCUCUUAUGGAUGCUGAAUAUGCCAAUUAUUACACCAGAGAAGUGAUGCUGAUUCUCAUUCGAGAGUUCCAGUCUCCAGACGAGGAGAUGAAAAAGAUUGUCCUCAAGGUGGUGAAGCAGUGCUGUGGCACAGAUGGUGUGGAAGCCAAUUACAUUAAAACCGAAAUCUUGCCCCCCUUCUUCAAACAUUUCUGGCAGCACAGAAUGGCUUUGGACAGGCGUAACUACAGACAGUUGGUGGACACUACAGUGGAGCUGGCCAAUAAGGUGGGAGCAGCUGAGAUCAUCUCGCGUAUUGUGGAUGACUUGAAAGAUGAAGCUGAGCAGUACAGAAAGAUGGUCAUGGAGACAAUUGAAAAAAUCAUGGGUAACCUUGGUGCCGCCGACAUCGAUCACAAACUGGAAGAGCAGCUGAUUGACGGUAUCCUGUACGCUUUCCAAGAACAGACCACAGAGGAUUCAGUCAUGCUGAAUGGCUUUGGCACAGUGGUAAAAGCUCUGGGCAAGAGAGUCAAACCAUACUUGCCUCAGAUCUGCGGUACAGUGCUGUGGCGUCUCAACAACAAAUCGGCCAAAGUCCGUCAACAGGCCGCCGACCUAAUUUCUCGCACAGCAGUGGUCAUGAAAACAUGUCAAGAGGAAAAGCUGAUGGGACACUUGGGUGUGGUGCUGUAUGAGUACCUGGGAGAAGAGUAUCCAGAAGUACUUGGUAGCAUCCUCGGAGCCCUUAAAGCUAUCGUCAAUGUCAUUGGUAUGCACAAGAUGACGCCACCUAUCAAAGACUUGCUUCCACGUUUAACACCCAUCCUGAAGAACAGACAUGAGAAGGUGCAGGAGAACUGCAUUGAUCUAGUGGGCAGAAUUGCUGACAGGGGAGCAGAGUAUGUGUCUGCCAGGGAAUGGAUGCGCAUCUGUUUUGAAUUGCUGGAGCUGUUGAAAGCCCAUAAAAAGGCCAUCCGCAGAGCUACAGUCAACACUUUCGGCUACAUUGCCAAGGCUAUUGGUCCUCAUGAUGUCUUGGCCACACUGCUCAACAAUCUAAAAGUACAGGAGCGUCAGAACAGAGUUUGCACAACGGUAGCCAUAGCUAUCGUGGCUGAGACGUGUUCACCCUUCACUGUGCUUCCUGCACUGAUGAACGAGUACCGCGUGCCUGAACUUAACGUACAGAACGGUGUCCUGAAGUCUCUAUCCUUCUUGUUCGAGUACAUCGGUGAAAUGGGCAAAGAUUACAUUUAUGCUGUCACACCUUUGUUGGAGGAUGCUUUGAUGGACAGAGAUCUGGUGCACAGACAGACGGCCAGUGCGGUGGUGCAGCAUAUGUCUUUGGGUGUCUAUGGGUUUGGAUGUGAGGAUUCUCUCAACCAUUUGCUCAACUAUGUUUGGCCUAAUGUCUUCGAAACAUCUCCUCAUGUUAUCCAAGCUGUCAUGGGUGCCCUUGAGGGCCUGAGGGUGGCGAUUGGUCCCUGCCGUAUGUUGCAGUAUUGCUUGCAGGGUUUGUUCCACCCUGCUCGCAAAGUGCGAGACGUGUACUGGAAGAUCUACAACAGCAUCUAAAUCGGCUCCCAGGAUGCACUGAUCGCACACUUUCCUCUUAUCUACAACGAUGAGAAGAACUCAUAUGUUCGUUAUGAGCUUGAAUACUUCCUGUGAAUAUAUCUACCCUUACAUGUGCACUCUUUUCUCCUAUAUCUGUGUCUUUACUCAUGGUUUAUAGGACUUGGUCCAGUUUUUUGUUUACUGGUAGAUUGCAAGUAGUACCACAAACUCUGUGGGUCAAAAUUCAUUUCUGACUAAAGAACAAAGUUGAAAGGAUCUGUCAUAUGUGAAGCUUUUAGGUCUUUUGAUUAGACUUAUGUUUUUACAGUGUGGCUCCAUGCAGUGACCGUAAAAUAGAAGAAUGUAACACUCAAUGAAUCUUUUAAACUCGAGACUUGUGUCCUGGACUGUCAAGUUGCUCUUUUCCUCAGUCACACAUCUGUUCUUAUUAUAAUGUUGCUUAGUUUGGCCGAAUAAACAUUUGUGUAUUAAAAGUCA